AGACGAGUCCGAGCAGCUGGAGGCGGCCGAGGAAACAUCUGGAUGGGAGUCUGACUGCACAGCUGGAUGCUCGACCGCUACGAGUCCGCCGGGAAUUCAGUGACGACAUCUGGUGACUGCAGCGGAGUUCCAGGUAUUACAGGGAUGGAUCACCUCAACUCCACCCACCUCCCCACCAACCAAUCAGACUUCAGCAGCGUGUUCACCAACCAGGUGCUGCCGUCGCUCUACCUGGUGAUCGGCGUGGUGGGCGCGGCCCUGAACGGCGUGGCGGCCUGGAUCUUCUUCAGGGUUCCUGCUGACUCGGGCCUGGUGGUGUACCUGAAGAACAUGGUGGUGGCCGACCUGCUCAUGCUGUCCACCUUCCCCUUCAGGCUGGCGCUUCAGCUGGACCUCGGCGGCUGGCGGCUUCACGUCAUUUUCUGUCGCUACCUUGCCGUGCUCUUCUACAUGUCCAUGUACGUGGGGAUCCUCUUCAUAGGCCUCAUCAGCCUGGAGCGCUACACCAAGAUCGUUCGACCGUCCUCGCCAUCCCCGUCCUCCUGCAGGUCCAGGCUGGGUCGAGCCUCUUCGCUGCAGUUCCUGCAGAACGCCAAAUUCGCCCGGGUUCUGGCGCUGCUCACCUGGAGCCUCCUGCUGCUGUGCAACAUGCCCAACGUCAUACUGACCAGCCUGCCGGCCAACGAGAACAACUCCCGGCGCUGCAUGGAGCUGAAGACGCCGCUGGGCGUCCAGUGGCACAAGGUGUCCACGUACUUCAACGUGUCGCUGUUCUGGGCGACGCUGCUGGUCCUCGCCUUCUGCUACGCCUCCAUCGCCCACCGCGUCUACCAGUCGUACCGCCGCGUCCGCCGUGACAACAGCGACGUCUGCCGCAAGUCCAACCGCAGCAUCUUCAGCAUCCUGGCGGUGUUCUUCAUCUGCUUCGUGCCGUACCACGUCUGCCGGGUGCCGUACACCCACAGCCAGUUGCCGGAGUCGGGUUAUAGCUACAACACUCGCUUCCUGCUGUUCCAGUUUAAGGAGGGAACGCUCUUCCUGUCGGCGCUCAACGUCUGCCUCGACCCCAUCAUCUACUUCCUGAUGUGCCGAACCUUCAGGGAGUCGCUGCUCAGAAAACUGUCCGGCCGGGUGAGGAGGAGGUCGCUGACCACCGCCCAGAGCCUGAGCAACAUCUAGGAGAGGAGGCAAGGAGGCAAGGAAAGGGAGGCAAGUAGACAAGGAGAGGAGGCAAAGAGAUUAGGCAAGUAGACAAGGAAAGGGAGGCAAGUAGAGAAGAAGGGCAGGAGGUUCCUGCCCACAGCCCAGAGUCUGAGCAACAUCUAGGAGAGGAGGCAAGAAGACAAGGAGAGGAGGUAAUGAGACAAGGAGAGGAUGCAAGGAGGCAAGGGGAGGUGGAAAGGAGACAAGGAGAGGAGGAGGUUGCUGGCCACCACCCAGAAUCUGAGCAACAUCUAGGAAAACAGGCAAGGAGACAAGGAGAGAAGGCAAUGAGGCAACUAGACAAAGAGACAAGGAAAGGAGGCAAGGAGGCAAGGAGAGGAAGAGGUCGCUUAUCACUGCCAUAUCUGAGCAACAUUAAGCGGCGAGGAGAGGACACAGUCACAGGAGAGGACUUUUAGGAACAGCAAUCUUUUCUUCCAGCAGCUUUCAUCCACACUGCACUGCCUUCAUCAUUGGCCGAUGACUUUAGUGUGUUGCCAUGGAAACACAGGUGUUCCAAACUGAGACUGUACAUUUAACUGUGAACGUGACUUUCAGGAUGUUAUUUUUAUUAUUAUUUUCCAGAAAUGUGUAUAAAUGUGAAGGUUUUUUUAAAAAAUGUUUAACAGUAAAUAAAUGUGUAUUUUUUAUGUACAUAACAGUAGAAACAGCUUGAUUUAGUUUUAUUUAAUGUUGAAGAGCAGAAAGGAAAGAAACAGGAAGGAAGAGGUGGCGUGGAAGUGAAACUGAACAGUGAUGACUGGGCAUCAAACCUGCGACUCUGCUACAGAGUUUAUCACGAUACCAUCAAUGUUUAACUUCUCAAUAAACUCAGCUGGUCUGGUUUUGUGGCUCUGAA